AUGGAUCUGUCCCAGGACCAGCUGUCGGACUGGAGCUCAGUGCAGCCCAGCUUCUCUCCACUGCUGCAGUAUGAUGGCUCUCAGGAAAGACUCAACCACACCUACGGCUUCCACAGCUCUCUGAUGCUGCCCUCCACCUUCAAUCUGGAGACCAUGCUGCUCUGGACCCUCCAUGAGCCCAGCACCAUCACUCUGACCAUCAUGUACUGCCUAUCCUUCAUUCUGGGAUUCAUUGGGAAUUUAAUGUCCCUGCGUGUCCUCACCAACAGGCGCAGCCGGCGGCUAGCCGGUGUCAGUGCCACACGCAGUCUUCUCGUGAACUUGGCGGUGUGUGACCUGGCCGUGGUGUGUGUCUGCAUGCCCAUCACUCUGGGAAGCCAGAUCUACACGGCCUGGGUGUACGGCGACCUCCUGUGUCGCGCCGUACCCUUCACGCAGGCCAUCUCAGUCUCAGCCAGUGUGUUGACGCUGACGGUGAUCAGUGUGAACCGUUACUACAGCGUUCAGUCACCUCUGCGAGCUCGCUCCAUGUUUACCCGCCGCCGAAUCCUGGCAACUGUCGCCGUGGUGUGGGCAGUGUCCUCGAUCAUUUGCGCUCCUAUCGCAGUGAUGAACCGGCGGCGGGAGAUCAGCUUUGGGACAUUCACCAUCUUGGUCUGUCAGGAGGAGUGGCCUCAGCAUCGCCUUAAACAGGGAUACAAUGUGCUACUAUUCGUGAUGCUCUACUGCCUGCCAGUGACCUUUAACCUCACCAUAGGCUUCCUGACUGGCAGGCGCCUUUGGGGAGGGAAAAAAUCCACUUUUGCUGAUCUCGAUCCUCGCAGCCAAGCUCUGCACACCUCGCGCCUCAAGACUCGUCAAAAGAUCGCCAAGAUGGUGGUGUGCCUGGUGCUGCUGUUCGCAGUGUCCUGGCUGCCUCUGUACUUGGUUGACCUUUGGAUUGACUGCGAACAAAGGCCACCUUCUUGGCUGCUGCAGACGCGGCCAUUUGCCCAGUGGCUGGGCCUGACAAACUCCAGCCUUAACCCCAUCUGUUACUGUUUCAUAGGGGAUCUGUACCGCUCAGCAAAGGUGAUACGGACGCGAUACUACCAGAAAGUCGCCGCUCUCUUCGGCUCCUCCUCGUUCUCCAGCUCAGCUGCAGUGGCGUCUCCUGCCGCAGUGAUUACAGACACCAAAGUGACUUCUGCUGAGCGCAACCAUAUUGCUGCUGCUGCUGUGGCAGCGUCCGCGUCCAUGGUUACAAUCCCCAGGUUGCUGAGCUUGGCUCGUGGCCAGGGACUGGGGCAGAAGUGUGGGGAUGUUACGUUUCCCACCAUCUCACCUGCACACCUGUUGAGAAUCCACUCAUCACUCCACCCACUUCCUGGUGUUACUGUCGUCACUGGCGGUUCACCGGCCACAUGCCCACCUGCUUGUUCCACCUUCACUGCAGGGAAAGACCUCACCCACGCUCUGUCCCUUGGCUCAGUCUCAGACCCCCUCCCUCCGACGUGGAUUCACCCCUCCACCUACCUGUGA